AUGGUGCUUUCUUGUUCCACGCUUACGUGUGAUAUUGCUACAGAACUUGAGAAACUUGGUGGAGUCAAAGUUCUCACUUGUUACUUGGCUUCCAAGUCAUGGUAUGUUCAUGAUUCAAAAGGUACUAGCUCUCCCCAUAAUAAGGAUAUUGAUUGGAACACUGAUGACGAGAUUGAGGUGUUUGGUGAGAGUAGUGCAAGUGGCUCGAGUGCUAAACAUGCGAAGCUGCUUCAUCAUUUUGUGGGAAUGGGAUUUUCCAGAGAGACAGUGAUCAAAGCUAUUGAUGAAAAUGAUUUUGCUUUGUCUAUGGCAGGAGAAGAUAACGAGGAAGACAUUAUGGAAACUCUGCUUAAACUUACUUCUGAAAACCCCUCAACAGAAGAGAAUGAUGAGACAUUGUCCAUACUUAUCGAUAUGGGAUACCCUUUUGAGGAUGCUUUGAUAGCUAUAGAUAAAUGUGGUCCUCAAGCUGAGAUCAGUGACCUGGCAGAUUUCAUUAGUGCUUUUCAGUUAGAAAAGGAAAUUGACUCUCUUCAAGAUCUACCAAACACUGAAAAUGUUGCAUCUGUUGAUACACAAACAAAGCCAAGUGAUCAGCCGCAUCUUCAUACAAGUAAGAAAGUAAAACUCCUCAAUAAUAAACGGAAAGACGGAAUCUACUGGGUAAGAGAGAAGACAUCAGCUGUUGAUAUGGAGAUAAUACAUCCCCCUGGUCCAAUGACAGGAUUUGGUGUACCCAAUGAAGUCGGUCAAGUAAUUUCAAGAGAGCUUCCUAGAGCAGUAGCAAAUAAACCAUACUUCUAUUUUGAAAACGUGGCUCUUGCUCCUAAAGGAGUUUGGAAUAGUAUAUCACGUUUUCUGUAUGAGAUUGAGCCAGAAUUUGUUGAUUCCAAAUACUUUUGUGCUGCAAUGAGGAAAAGAGGAUAUAUCCAUAAUCUUCCCAUCCACAACCGCUCCCCCCUGCUUCCUAUUCCACCACUAACUAUACAAGAGGCUUUGCCUACAACUGAAAAGUGGUGGCCUUCCUGGGACAAAAGAACAAAGCUCAAUUGCCUUAUAACUAGCACAGCUCCUAGCACAGUUACAGAUAGAUUAAGGAAAACCCUCCAAAAAUUUGAUGAUGAACCUCCACAAAAUGUACAAGGAAAUGUACUUCAAGAGAUUAGAAAGUGGAACUUGGUGUGGGUUGGGAAAAACAAAUUGGCACAUCUUGAACCUGAUGAAUAUGAGAUGUUGCUGGGAUUCCCAAAGGAUCACACCAGAGGUGGUGGAGUCACCCGUACAGACAGAUUCAAGUCACUUGGCAAUGCAUUUCAGGUUGAUACAGUGGCCUACCAUCUUUCAGUGUUGAAGGAUCAUUUUCCAAAUGGCAUUAAUGUGCUGUCUCUCUUUUCUGGUAUUGGAGGUGCUGAGGUUGCUCUGCAUCGACUAGGAAUAAUGCUUAAAAAUGUGAUAUCUGUGGAAAUUGCUGAGGUGAACAGAAACAUCAUUCAGUGCUGGUGGGAACAGACCAACCAGACGGGAAACCUAAUUGAGGUUGAAGAUGUACAGAAAGUCUCUUCAGAUCAGCUGAGGCAGUGGAUAACCAAGUUUGGUGGAUUUGACCUCAUCAUUGGUGGGAGCCCCUGCAACAACUUUUCUGGCAGUAACAGAGUUACUAGACAUGGGCUAGAGGGAGAGAAAUCCUCACUCUUUUACGAAUAUUUUAGGAUUCUUGAGGCAGUAAUGGAAAUACAGAAAAAAUGA